UGUGUGUUCAAUGUGCAUCGUUUCCAUUGCUUUAAAGUUUAAAGUAGUGCACAGUAGUUUUGUAAUGAUUGUAGUUUGUGCUGGUUUGUUGUUCAAAGACUGAAAGUGACACUAGUAUUGAGAAAUGUGUGUUAAUGGCUGCAUUCCUGGCUAAGAAACGAGAGAGUGGAUAGAUACAGAGCGUAAUUGAAUAAGUCCUGCAAGUGAUCUUAGCCAAGAGAACUAUAGCUCUAUUUCUCUGGACAGCUGCACGUGGAGAGGGAUAUAAACAAAAGCACUUUAUCCAAGCUGUAGAAGAAAAAUCCAGAUAUGUUGGAUACUUCAGUAACAGUCAGAGAGAGAGAGUUUCGGAGUCGUCUCAUGCAUGACUUUGUCUUCAUGUCUAUAUUUGGUAUUUCUUAGCAGAGAACAUAUUGUGAGUGGGAUAUUCCCAUUUCUGUUGGCUUGUAGUGACUCAAACCUCAUGCUUUUAUUUGGAACUGAUGUUUAGACUAAAAUGUGUUUGUUUUCAAACCAAGGGAUAAGAAACACCCAUGAUCCCAUAGUUUUCCCAACAGUACACAUCAUAAGUUCUCAGACAUACAAAGACAUAUCGAGUCCCAAACAAAAUCGUCUUACUUUUUAAAUAUGUUUUUUGGGGCUGUGACAGUCUUUGUGUGUAAUGGACAUCUAUUGCAUUUGCAGAAGCUUCAUACAGAUGUAAGUGCAUCCUACGACAGGCCGGAUGCUUCAUUUUAAGCAUGAUGCCUUUCAGUCAACAGGGAAGGAAUUCUGUCUGAUUCUGUGAGCUCCGGGGCUUUGUGUUGUAGUUUAAGGGAACGGAGCACAGAUGCCGUGAUUACUGACCUCCACCCCUUCUCCUACUUCCUGUCUUGCUCUUCUGUAACCCUUCUUCUUUUAUAACUCUUGAGAUUCCAGCCCGCACUCUUUUAAUGAGCCGUGCAUGCAAGCUGUCGCUCAGAUGCCGUCUACGUCCAGGUCCAGUGGUUUUAGAAAAUUACUCAAAAGAUGCAUUUUAAUUUUAAUCCAUCAAUCGUUAGAAUUAACAAUUGCCAUUCCUCUGUGACCUUUGAGUUUAUGUCUUAACGGCCAGCGUCCAGAUUCGUGCAGAGGCAAGUGAAGUGAUGUGGAAGUGUCAUAGAGUUUGAAGACGAUAGGGAGAAACAAGAAGGAAAUAACAAGGAGAAUGUGGGUGAGGCUGAGUUAAACAAUCCAUUCUUCCCCAUCUGGAUCGUGGGACGUUCCUUCUUCCUCUCCUAAUGAUGCCGUCUGCUAGCACCAUGACUGGCGGGAGAGCACUGCUGCUCUGUAGAAACACAGAGGACUGCAUCUACCAAUCAGCAAACGGGCUCCACUGCUGCGGAUUAAAGCUUGACCAAUCUGUGAUGCUUCAGCGGCCAGACCUGUGUGGGGUCAGGGACAGUCUCUCGUCUCUGAGCAACCUCAAACCGAGCCCAGGAGACACCAUCAUGCUCGCCCACAAGAGUCCCUCCAAUGCUCGGCCUGUUGAGAAUGGUUUGGGAGGUUGCAGCAAGUCACUCAAGUCUCCCUUAGGACUUAAGAGCACUGCCAGCAUUCGGGACAAGAUAUCCCAAUGGGAAGGUAAAACAGAGACCACCUUGUCAAACACCCAAACAGUGGGACUGAAGGAGACUGAAAGUGGAAAGAAGAAGGUACAGCCGGAAGUGCAAUGUAAAGACGGUGAGCGACUUUCCAAUUUGGAGAGACCGAACUGUGGCGAAGAGAACGGGAGAACAUUUGGAGAACCUUUGGACAUUUCUGAGAGACCUGUGAAGGAAAAGGAAUGGAUUUUGGACAAAACCCUAUUGGGGAGAACAACGGAAACUGUUCAGGACAAAAAGUUGGUGUUGACGCAUAUUAAGAAACUUGAGCAAGUGAUGAAGGAGGCUCCUUCCAAAUCAUCCUUGUCCAUGCCAGGCAAUUACUUCUGCCCAGCUUCCAAAGAGGAGCAGGAGGAAGCAAAGAAGAGGGCCACAGAGCCCAUCUUUGGGACUGUGGAUGUUGUGAGAUUUCGGAUGAGACGGGAUUCUGAGAACGUCUACAGUGAACCUGGAGCUCCUUCCAUUAACCCUUUGCCAAAACCCCAAAGAACCUUUCAACACCACACACAGACAAACAACCUUGUGGCCAACCGAGGUUUCCUCAAGGGUAAUCGAAAUCUUCCCCCUUUACCUUCCAUACCUCCCCCACCCCUUCCAUCCUGUCCUCCACCACAAGGGGUCUUUAGAAGACCUUCUGGACGAGCUCGAAACACUAAUAACAGGAAGUCCUACGAGUUUGAAGAUCUUCUACAGUCUUCGGCAGAAGGUUGUCAUACAGAUCUCUAUGAGCUAUCAAAGAUAGGGCUGACUCGCACUUUAUCGGAGGAGAAUGUCUACGAGGAUAUCCUAGACCCUCCCUCGAAGGAGAACCCAUAUGAAGACAUAGAGUUGGAAAGUCGCUGUGUUGGGAGCAAGUAUCCCAUUCCUUCUUCCAGGUCCUCUCCCAUUCCCGACACCCCAUCCAAGCUCUCCUCCAAGCCUGGUUUAUUCAGGCAGAACUCAGAGCGAGGUAGUUUCAAGCUUUUGGAAUUGCGCAAGACCGGCAGAGAUGGAGGCGUCGUGUCCCCAUCGCAGGUCAGCCCUCCAUCAACACCCAGCAGCCCGGAUGACACCCCGUGUCUGUCGGGGGACCCUUACAACCGACGGCGGAGGAAAAUCCCAAAGAUGGUGCAGAAAAUCAACGGCAUCUUUGAGGCCCGAAGGGGAAAGAAGAGGAUGAAAAGGGUCUCGCAGUCAACCGAGUCCAGUUCAGGAAGAGUGACCGACGAAAACAGCGAGUCUGAAAGUGACACAGAGGAGAAACUAAAGGCUCACAGCCAGAGAUUAGUGUCGGUGCAGUCUAUGUUGAGGCAAACCGGUCGAUAUCGCACUCUGGAGCGAGACUUGAUGGACCUCCAGGAGAGGAAGUUGUUUGAGUACUUCCUGGUUGUGGCUCUUCAUAAAACCAAAGCAGGCGUCCCGUAUUUACCAGAAGUCACCCAGCAGUUCCCUCUCAAGUUGGAACGAAGCUUCAAGUUCAUGCGAGAAGCUGAAGACCAGCUGAAAGUCAUUCCCCAGUUCUGUUUCCCUGAUGCUAGAGACUGGGCACCUGUGGAUAACUUCCCCAGUGAAACCUUCUCGUUUGUCUUAACCGGAGAAGAUGGGAGCCGAAGAUUUGGCUACUGUCGACGUUUACUGCCCAGCGGUAAAGGAAGACGUCUACCUGAAGUCUACUGCAUUGUGAGCAGACUGGGCUGUUUCGAUCUGUUCUCGAAGAUCCUGGAUGAGGUAGAGAAGCGACGAGCCGUUUCUCCAGCGCUGGUCCAGCCUUUAAUGAGAGGAAUCAUGGAGGCAGCGUUCCCAGCUCCGGGAAGAACCAUCAGGAUUAAGAACUUCCUCCCAGGUUCAGGAACAGAGGUGAUUGAAUUAUGUCGUCCUUCAGAUUCCCGUCUGGAGCAUGUGGAUUUCGAGUGUCUGUUUUCCUCUCUCAGCUUGCGUCUGCUUCUGCGGGUGUUUGCUUCUCUUCUGCUGGAGCGAAGGGUCAUCUUCACCGCAGAUAAACUCGGCACCCUGUCUAAAUGUUGUCAUGCCAUGGUGGCUCUGCUGUACCCCUUCACCUGGCAGCACACGUACAUCCCGGUUCUUCCUCCGUCCAUGAUGGACAUCGUCUGUACUCCAACUCCCUUCAUCGUGGGUCUCCUCUCCAGCUCUCUGACCCGACUCAAAGAGCUCCCGCUGGAGGAGGUCCUGGUGGUGGAUCUCGGCAGCAGUCGUUUCCUGCGACAGAUGGACGAUGAGGAUUCGAUUCUGCCUCACAAGCUCCAGGCGGCUCUCGAACACGUUCUGGAACGGAGGAAGGAUCUGGCGUGUGACGUGGCAGAUCAUCCGAACGAGCCCAGUUCUCUGAGCAGUGUGGUGUCAGAGGCGUUUGUGCGGUUCUUCGUGGAGAUCGUGGGUCAUUACUCGCUCUUCAUGGGCAGCAGUGACCGUGAUGAAGAGUCCUCGGCCUCGUCUUCCUCCUCUCCGACUCCUUCGUCCUUCCAGCGCGAGGCGUUUCGGAAAGCCGUGUCUUCCAAGAGCCUGCGGAGAUUCCUGGAGGUCUUCAUGGAGACGCAGAUGUUUGCAGGGUUUGUGCAGGAAAGAGAGUUUCGGAGGCAGGGCCUGAAAGGUUUGUUUGAGGUGAGGGCUCAGGAUUACCUGGAUUCUCUGCCAGGGAGCGAGAACAGAGGCGUCAACAAGUUCCUCAAGGGUUUAGGACACAAGAUGAAGUUCCUGUCCAAAAAGUGAACACUAGUCGUGUAGUGUGUGUAUGUUAGACUCCCGACUGGACCUGAAGACCAAAGACACAGAAACACUACAAUCUCCUCUAGUUCCCCAAACCACACGGACCUUACAGAACCUUACAGAACCACACGGACCUUACAGAACCUUACAGAACCACACGGACCUUACAGAACCUUACAGAACCACACGGACCUUACAGAACCUUACAGAAC